AUGGUGUUGAAGUAGUAUCUGGCAACUUCUCUUUCUUUGGGACGAUUAUUGAUUUGAUCCCAGUGGAUUCGUCGGUUAACUCCAUUCGUCCACUUUCCUUACGUCUGGACGAUGGUACUGGGACGAUAAGUUGUGUCUAUUUUCGGCCGGAUAAACUUGAUCUACAGGAUUAUAUGAAAAUCGGUGACGAUUUACUCGCCUACGGGACGAUUCAAGAGUAUCGGGACUCGUCCCAGCUGCGUUGUGACAAAUUGAAGUUUGUCUCGGACCCAAACUUUCAAGCUCUGUGGAUCAACCAAGUUAUUUAUUACAAAAAGAUGAAGCAAAAACAAUUUUAGUUUUUUAUGUGAAAUAUCUAAAUCAACUGCAAAGUGUACAGUGUACAGUUUUCAAAUAUUUCCUCAAUGAAAGGAAUACUGCCUUCAUAGAUUAUGAUCGCCCAUUGAACUGAUAAUAAACUUUUUUUUUUUUUCAGAAAAAAAAUCUGAUUAAAAAUGAAGUUGGUCCGAUUCCUCAUGAAGCUCAGUCACGAGACAGUCACAAUUGAACUCAAGAACGGGACACAGGUUCAUGGUUCUAUAACUGGUGUAGAUAUUGCCAUGAACACUCAUCUCAAGAGCGUUAAGAUGACAAUCAAAAACCGGGAUCCAGUCUCUAUAGACUCAUUAACCGUCCGGGGAAAUAAUAUCAGAUAUUUUAUCCUGCCUGACACCCUGCCCCUGGAAAACCUGCUGAUUGACGACGGACCCCGGAAGCGUAAGGAACUCGGACGAGGCGGACGAGGUGGUCGAGGUGGAUCCAGAGGAAACCCAAGAUCUGGCGGAGCCCGCGGUGGACGUGGACGUGGUCGAGGCGGACCCCGGAGUGGAGGAGCUCCCCGCGGUGGACCAAGGAGGAUGUAGAGAACUCCUCUCCGGCAAAUCCAUGCAAUCUUUGCAUGGCAAAUCCAUGCAAUCUUUGAAUCUUUGCAUUUCGUUUAUUUUGUAAACUUGUACCUUAACGUUUGUGUUGUCACCAUUUUUUCAACUCUAAAAAUGUUUCAGA